AUGUCUGCCAGCCUGUCUGAUGAUCAAGCCCGGGCCCUGCUGAAGGUCCUGGGCGAGGCUUGCUCCGAGGACCUCUCCUCCCGUCGUCCAGGGGUCCUCAAGGCUUCGGGGAGUGGUACAAAGGGGUCUAGGUAUUUUGUCUUUGGGGCAUACAGCCAUGGUUCAAGGUCGGGCCUCACAGCGUAUACUAAAGGUCGAGAGAAAGCUGUUGGUGUCAUCAACUCUUUUGCGAAGGCUUUGUUGCCGCAUGCCACUUGGACCUCGAUUGCCGUGUCGCAUAACGAGCUUGCGUUGCCACACAGGGAUGUCUCCAAUGGUGAAGGUUCCUUGAACCACUCGAUGACGCUGGGGAGUUUUACUGCUGGCCGCCUUUUCCUCGCAGGUGGUGGCGGUGACGACCUCCUCAGCGACGCGGCAGGAGUGGAACAUCGUGGGUUCUAUGUUGACAACCAUGCCAGGUUUGCCACCUUUGACGCAAGGUCUGUGCUGCAUGCAACUGAGGAGUGGCAAGGUGACAGGACCCGCACUUUGACAAGUCUCAUCUUGAUACCUUGUGUGGAAUGGGAGUUCGUUGAAGAGGCUGCUGCCAGGGAGCACCCGCUGCAGGCUUGUGUCGUCCCCUUGUGCGUCAAGGAAGCCAUUGACAAGGAGGCGAGGUGCUCGGCCCAUAGUUUGGCUCAGGACAGGACAGCGGUACUUCGCAAGUGGACGCUGCGCGCCCAGGAGCUCUUGGAUAGUGAAAGGCGGCUGCAUGAGAGCAUGCCGGCGCACGUCUCGGUUGUUCUUCAAGGCAAGCGGUUGCUUCUCCUCAAAGAGAUGCUACAAGACGCCGGCUACUGUGACGUUGGCAUUGUUGACCAGAUUGCCAGCGGCUUCGAUCUCAUGGGGCACAUUCCAGAGGCAGGCGUGUUCAGGUCCAAAACCGUUCCUGCCACCCUCACACCCGACGAGGUCCGCCGAACUGCAAAGCACACUAGGCAGGGCAUUCUCCUAGGGGCAGCCGACGGCCUGCGCGAUGAGCAUGCCUCGCGCCUAUAUGAGAUAACUCUCGAGGAAAGGGACAAGGGUUGGUUGCAGGGCCCAGUGGACCCAUCUACACUUGACGAUCGCGCCUCGGUGUCCAGGAGAUUUGCCGUUUUCCAGUCGGGGAAGGUCAGGCCGAUUGACGACCUGAGUGAGUCGCUUAUCAACUCGACUACGUCUCGAACAGAGGCAGUGACACCACAUGGGCUUGACACCAUCUGCAGGAAGGCCUUCAAGCAGCUGGCCUUGUCCUCUGAAGGAGUUCUUGAUGGGUACUUGUGUGUUGGCAAUCCCGCCACAGGCUUUUGCCGGACCUCGCAUGCGUUAUGGUACGCAGGCACGGUCCUGCUGUGGCUACACUGGUCCGUGUACUUCGAUGAUUAUCUGGUCACUUGUGAGGCAAGCGUGUCUAAGCACUGUGACCUCGUGCUGUCAUCGUUUUUCGCUUUGCUUGGCUGGGGCAUUUCCGAGGAAAAGGAGGCAGAGUUUGCGACUGCUGCAAAGGUCCUUGGGGUUGUAAUAGAUGUGGGGUCAUGCAUGUUAGUUAGGGUCAGCAACACCGAUGAGCGCAAAGCUGAGCUCACUAACACCAUAACAGCGCUUCUUGACAAGGGUACUUUCAGCAUCAAGGACCUGACCGCUCUCAGGGGGCGGCUUGUUUUCGCUGAAGGCCAGAUCUUCGGAAGGGGUUGUUACAAGCACCUGAAGGUUGUUGGGUCGCGCAUUAAGUCCGACCGUCCCGGAAGGAUCGAUCCGCAGAUGGCUGAUUCACUGCGAUUCAUCAGGGACCGUGUGGUUAAUGGCCCGUCAAGAACCGUGCGCGCUGUGCUCGAUGACACAGUUUUCUUGUACACCGACGCAUGCUUUGAGCCGGGUGGUGAUGUGCUGCGCUUGUUGGGAGUCGACACGGCCCAAAAUCCCAUCUAUGUCCUUGAGGCAUUGGCCUUGAUUGCUGCCUUGCAGCUUUUCAGGAACGAUAUUCAGGGCAGAGAAGUGUUGGCUUUCCUUGACAACGAUGGUGCACUUGGGUCCUUCAUUUCCUGUAAGAGCUCGUGCGAUUGCCUCGAACCUUUGCUUGAUGCGCUUGUGUCAUGUGAAGAGGCAUGCGUAUCCUCUCUCUGGUUCGAGCGUGUGAGUUCGGAAGCCAACAUUUCAGAUGCCCCCUCCAGGGGAGACUUCACAGAGCUUGAAGGCGUUCACAGGGUCCAUUGUGAUCUGCUAUCCCUCGUCCAGGACUUGCUCAAAUCGGCCCGAUGA